AGUGCCCAGCAGCCCAGGAAGCCAGCCAGCGUCUGCCCCAGCUUUAGGUGUCACUGUCCCUGUGUGAAUAUCACCAUGUCUACAGUCACCCGGGCCGAGACCUUUGUCUUCCUGGACCUGGAAGCCACUGGGCUCCCCAAUGUAAACCCCGAGAUUGCCGAGCUCUCCCUGUUUGCCGUCCACCGCUCCUCUCUGGAGAACCCAGAACGCGAUGAGGUUGGCACCCCUGUGCUGCCCCGGGUCCUGGACAAGCUCACGCUGUGCAUGUGCCCAGAGCGCCCCUUCACCUCUAAGGCCAGUGAGAUCACUGGCCUGAGCAUCGAGGGCCUGGCACAGUGCCGGAAGGCUGGUUUCAAUGAAGCCGUGGUGCGGACAUUGCAGGCCUUUCUGAGCCGCCAGGAGGGCCCCAUCUGCCUUGUGGCCCACAACGGCUUUGAUUAUGACUUCCCCCUGCUGUGCACGGAGCUGCAGCGCCUAGGUGCCCACCUACCCCCGAAUACCACCUGCCUGGAUACAUUGCCAGCACUGCGGGGCCUGGACCAUGCCCACAACCACAGCACCCGGGCCCAGGCUUGCAAGGGUUACAGCCUGGGCAGCCUCUUUCGUCGCUACUUCCAGGCCGAGCCUAGCGCAGCCCACUCAGCUGAGGGUGAUGUGCACACUCUGCUUAUGGUCUUUCUGCACCGUGCUGCUGAGCUGCUUGCCUGGGCUGACAAGCAGGCCCGGAGCUGGGCCCACAUCAAGCCCAUGUACGCACCGCCUGAUGAUCUGAGACUCGGGGUCUGAGCGCCAGUGGCUUGGUGACAUUGCUGCCCAGGGGGACAAGGCCUACCUCCUGUGUCACAAGCAGUACCAGCCUUGACCUUUCAGCUGGACUCUAAGCUCUGGAGCGCGCACCAGACCAGUACUUCGCUGCCUUGCCCCCAUCCUCUUAGCCAGGCAUCCUCUCAAGCACGCACUUGCCUGGCCUACCUAGUCCCACAGCCUUACCUUUCACCCACUGGAGUUUGCUGUUUCAA